CAUCAACCACUCUCUACUCCACUCCUGUGCCUGAGGUACCUAGAAGGCACGAAAAAUGGCUGCCCAGAACAAGGAGGUGGAUGCCCUGGUCCAAAAGAUCACCGGACUCCACGCCGCCAUCGCCAAGCUGCCGUCGCUCAGCCCGUCCCCGGACGUCGACGCGCUCUUCACCGAGCUGGUCACCGCGUGCGUUCCACCAAGCCCCGUGGACGUGACCAAGCUUGGCCCGGAGGCACAGAAAAUGCGGGAGGGACUCAUCCGCCUCUGCUCCGAGGCCGAGGGGAAGCUGGAGGCGCACUACUCCGACAUGCUCGCGGCCUUCGACAACCCGCUCGACCACCUCGGCAUGUUCCCCUACUACAACAACUACAUCAACCUCAGCAAGCUCGAGUACGAGCUCCUGGCGCGCUACGUGCCCGGCGGCAUCGCCCCGGCCCGCGUCGCCUUCAUCGGCUCUGGCCCACUGCCGUUCAGCUCUUUCGUCCUUGCCGCACGCCACUUGCCCGACACCAUGUUCGACAACUACGACCUCUGUGGCGCGGCCAAUGACCGCGCCAGCAAGCUGUUCCGCGCGGACAAGGACGUGGGCGCCCGCAUGUCGUUCCACACGGCCGACGUCGCGGACCUCGCCGGCGAGCUCGCUAAGUACGACGUCGUCUUCCUGGCCGCGCUUGUGGGCAUGGCCGCCGAGGACAAGGCCAAGGUGAUCGCGCACCUCGGUGCACACAUGGCAGAUGGGGCGGCCCUGGUCGUGCGCAGUGCGCACGGGGCGCGCGGGUUCCUAUACCCGAUCGUCGACCCCCAAGACAUCGCCGGAGGCGGGUUCGAGGUGCUGGCCGUGUGCCACCCGGAUGAUGACGUGGUGAACUCCGUCAUCAUUGCACAGAAGUCCAAGGACGUGCAUGCCAUUGGACUUCGCCGCGGCCAUGGUGGACAGUAUGCGUACGGCACGGUGCCGGUGGUCAGCCCACCGUGCAGGUUCGGUGAGAUGGUGCCAGACAUGGCCCAGAAGAGAGAGGAGUUUGCCAACGCUGAAGUGGUCUUUUGAUCGAUCGUCCAGACUCCAGAGGGAGUAAUGUGUGAUCAUCAUCCAUGCCUCGCUGAUUGAUCGCUUGCAACCGUACGUGUUAUUUUUCCUACUACUACUACUACUACUGCAUUUCAAGUCAUGUGUUGUUUGUACUAUCUCUGUUUAUUUCUAUACGACGUUUUAGACAUUCAGACAUUGUUCAUAACAGUACAAAGCAAGCUGUCCGAAACGUCUUAUAAAAACAAACGGAGGGAGUACCGAAUAAUGUAAGUGUGGUGUUUACACGCGAAUUUCUUGUACACCUUUGUACGUCUAAGUGUCGAGAAUGAUGAAUUUUAGUUCACAAAUAGUA